UCUCUCUCGCACCAGGCCGUGGUGAAGGCGCUGGAGCAGCUGGCGCAGCAAGGGAAGAUCAAGGAGAAGGUCUACGGGAAGCAGAAAAUCUACUUCCCCGACCAGAAUCAGUUUCCCGCAGUGAGUGAUUCUGAGCUUAAAGUCUUGGACAAUGAAAUCUCUGAUCUUUCUUCAAAAGUACAAACUCUUCAACAAAGCUGCCGCCAGAUGGAAUUGGAACUGAAGGAUCUGAAUGGCUCAAUGACAACCCCAGAGAUGAUUAAAGAGAUUGAAGAGUUAAAAAAAGAUUGCGCGAAUUACACGGAAAAACUGGAGAGAAUUAAAUCUGCAGCCAACCAUGUGACUCCUGAAGAAAAAGAGAAGGUUUAUAACGAGAGAAAGCUAUACUGUAAAGAAUGGAGGAGGAGGAAGAGAAUGGCAACUGAACUACUCGAUGCAAUUCUGGAAGGCUAUCCCAAAAGCAAGAAACAGUUCUUUGAGGAAGUUGGAAUAGAAACGGAUGAGGACCACAAUGUGACUCUGCCAGCAGCUGUCUGAGCAGCUGAUGGAAACCUCUGCUCCAGGGAAAAGAACUAGCCAGCAUGGAGCACAAUGGGCGCUGGUUCUGAAACUCACAAUCAUCUGCAGGGUUUGGUUUUGUCCUGCAUCUUUUAUGUAUGUUUGUUUUAAAAUGCUUUGCAAUCUGGAAGGCAGUUAGAGGGGAUAGGACCAAAGGCAUGAUCUCGCAUGCAGAAGAGUCCAUUAUUUUUUCUACCCUUCAUUGCAAUGGGCAGUUGAGCCAGUGUGGCUGAAGAGUCAUGUGGGAGAAGACUUUUUACUGUUGAUUUGCCACCAAGUAGGUGUUCUAGUAAGAGGGAGGAGGGGUGUGCCUAGGAAAGACUAAAUAAACCAGUUGUUUAUUACACUUGCAGAGAGCUGUACUGACACCUCAGUGUAUUUAAUAGUGAGCAGGGACUGCUUCCCAUGAUGUGUACCAUGCCGUAAUGCUAUACACAGGAGUAUAAUUCAUUAAACACUGUGCUUCUCA